AAACAAAUUUGUUUCAAAAUCGACAACAAACGGAUGGCACGCUGCGGGCAGUUGUAUUUAUUUUGUUAAUUGUUUUAGUUUUAAGCCACACGGACCCGUUCAUUUUAAGUGAUAUUACAUCCCGUGAAGCUCAACUAUAGAAAAAUAUCGUUAUAUUGACCAUUGCGUUAAAAUAUCUUACCUGUUUGCAUAGCACAGUUGAUCAAGGUCAGACCGUGUGGGAAACAUCUGCUCCGGGUGAAGUGAAAAACGGUUCCCACGAUGCCUCUUGCUGCUGUGGAAAGUGCGUUCCUGGACCAACCGACAGCCGUAAUGAUGGAAACACCGGGCAAAAAGCGCAAACGAAACGCGGAAACGAAUCCGUUCCUGAACUUUACCGACCAAACGUUCAGCAUCCCUUCGUCCACUCCGAUCCACAACCGGCAGAUCGAUGGCAGUGCGUUCGAGAAUCCUUCGUUCCGCGUGGCGAACAAGGAAAACUACAACAUGUUCUCGGACUCUUGCAUGGAGGUGAAAUCGAUUGCGGACCUGGCAUCGAAGCGUUCGAAUGGUUAUGGGUGCGAUACUAACCCGUUUGAAGUGGUACGCAAACCGCCGAAGAAAAAGAAGAAACAGAUGCACCCGGGUGUCGGAGGAUCGGUAUCGCUGGAGGAAAGUUGCUUCGAGAAUCCGGGACUGAAUUUGGCCGCGGCCGAUAAGCAACCGGUGAACCCGUUCGAGGUGCCCCGCGAUGGUGACGAAUGUAAGCGUAAGGAAGCGGAAGAACUGAGCCGUUGCUUUGUGAACAGCGCAUUAAACAUCCGCGGAGCGGAAAGCACCGAACGAUUCAAUCCGUUCGAAAUAGUGCGUCCGAAAGAGGGAGGGCUGAGUGAGGCGCCGUCCCGCGCAUUGCCCGUACCGGAACUGAGUGGGAUUGAGAAUCCUGCGCUGGAAAUGCCCACGUACGCAAUUGCCGUACCGUUCACGCCUUCACUGAAGCAUCGUAUUAAUUUCCAGGAGCUUGUCCCGAACGCUCUGACUCCAUGUCAAAUGUUGGCCAACAUGGUAGUAUGCAGUCCCGAUCCGGCGAAGAUGGGAUGCGCUGAGACGCAGAACAAGAACGCGACCGUUACGCUCGCCAAAAGACGUUCGCUUUCGGUUAUUAGCGAAGAAUCGGACAUCGGGGAGAAGCUGGACUGCUACCAGCUGGAGCUGGAGAACAGCAUCAAUGAGGCGAAGGCAAGAAAGCAACGGCCAGGUGGUGGUGACACGACCCCGUUCUCGUUCAGCGGCACAGGUCAUCGUCGUCGAUCGGUAAGACGCAGCUUGAUCGACAUGAAACACAUUAGCAAUCUUUCGCAGCGGCUCCAUGAGCUGGAAGACAAUGAGAACGAUUUUACAAGACUGGAAGAUGAUGAAAAGAUGCCUCCGGAUGCUGAAGAGGAAGAUAAGGAAAACAAACAGCCAGUGCAGGAAGUCGCUGUUGAGCAAACGAUCGAGAAAAAGGCUGAAAAUGAAACAUCCGCUGAGACUGAAGUACACUGCAACCAGAUGACGUUCACCAUUACCAAAGAGACGACGACCACGGUACGGGAAGAGAUACGCAUCGACGUGUCCAACCCGGACGUUCAGUUCGAGGAGGUUGAAGAUUUUGAAGACGAAGAGCAGGACGUUGAGCUGUUGAACAAUCCGGCACCGUUUCAGCGUGCGUAUCGCAAGAAGGAACCACUCGCGGAAAGACUCCCGGAAGAGACGGAAUCGGAUGGGUUCAAGCGUCCACUAGCUGCCGGUGGUUCACAGGCCGAUGGACCAGGAUCGCAAGAUAAUGCACCGAUUAAGUCACACAAAGUGCGUGACGUUAUUCGCCGGAGCUUCCGUCGACUGAUUCCCCGCGGCCAGUCGAACGAACCCAAGGACGAAGAAGAGAAGCAAGCUACACCGGCCGGAGAAAGUUAUGGAUUGAUUUCCAGCAUUCGGCACAGCUUAAGACGACGUCAGCCGAAGGCCAAGGCCGACGAAGAGGAUGGCAACAAGCAAAAUGUGGCGGAACCAUCUCCGUUGGAGAUGUCCAUCAUUGCUGAGCAACCGCGUGCAGUAUUCCGUCAACCGUCGCUGGAUCAGUACAAACCGAUCGCUGCUGCUACUGGCUCAAACGGAAGCGCCGGCACACUGCGAAACAGUCUACGCCGCUCGACGAAAGACAUUCGGAAGCAGAUGAUGAAAUCGGUGUUCCGUAAGCAAACCGGAGAUUUAGACGGUGAUCACCACCAUGGACAUCACGUGGGUGAAUAGGCUUAACACGCAGUAAGACUGAGAAAAAAGAAAAACAAAGAAGGAAGCUACCAUUUUUAUCUCUAUUAGGCACAGUUUACUGUAAGGUGCAGCUCAAAAUCCCAGUUCAAAUCCCGACACCAAAGUAGGAUUUAGGUCCACUCGCAGGAGUGCAAGUUCUCAAUCUAGAUAAUCCAAAUUUCCAAACUUUUGUUGGAAGCACCGUAUAUUCCUAUUUUUAUGUACUCAUUGUAUUCCCAAACUCAAAUGCACAAAAAUAUUUUUUUUUGCUUAAAUUAUUAUUAAGUUAUGCGUUUUUAGGGUAAGGGUGUUUAUGUACGAAGUCUUUUCUUUUGCAUUUUUACACGGCACAUUAUAAUUAUUUCAUGUUUUUUUUUUAUUAUUAUUAUCAUUAUUCGAAACAAUGUUACUAAUAAAUAAUGUAAAAGCAAA